CCCUAGCCAGUCACUUCCGCCCAGGUGAGCCAGGGCGCCGCCGCCGAACCCCGCCACCUGCCCAGGGCUCCCACCGCGCAGUCGCUGGAACAGAUUUCCUUAAAAGUGAUUGAAGAGAAAAAUCCAAAAUGCCUGAAAAUCCUGCUGCAGAUCAACUGCAGGUUCUACAGGUCCUCGAGCGCCUGCAAACGAGGCUGCAGGAGAAGGGUGACACAUCACAGAAUGAGAAGCUGGCUCUGUUUUACAACACACUGAGGAGUCCUCUUUUUAACCAGAUACUCACACUCCAGCAAUCCAUCAAGCAGCUGAAGGGACAACUCAGCCAUAUUCCGUCGGAUUGUUCAGCCAAUUUUGAUUUUUCUCGGAAAGGUUUAUUAGUGUUCACGGAUGGUUCCAUUACGAAUGGGAAUGCCCACAGGCCCCAUAAUAAUUUAACUGUUUCUGGAGUAUUUCCUUGGGCCCCUAACUUGGGAAAUGAAGACUUUAACUCAAUCAUUCAUCAGAUGGCUCAGGGCCGGCAAGUUGAAUAUAUAGACAUAGAACGCCCUUCCACUGGAGGCCUGGGAUUCAGCGUGGUGGCUCUAAGGAGCCAGAGUCUGGGAGAAGUGGAGAUCUUUGUGAAGGAAGUUCAUCCGGGGAGUAUAGCCGACAGGGAUCAAAGGUUAAAGGAAAAUGACCAGAUUUUGGCCAUUAACCACACACCACUGGAUCACAAAGUUUCCCACCAGCAAGCCAUUGCAUUAUUACAACAAACCACUGGAUCACUGCGUCUGGUUGUGGCCAGGGAACCUGUCCACACAAGAAGCAGGACUUCCACCAGCCCAGCAGACUCAGCUCUGCCUGAAACAGCUUCUUGGGGUCAUAUGGAAGAUGUGGAGCUCAUUAAUGACGGCUCUGGAUUGGGUUUUGGGAUAGUUGGAGGAAAGACAAGCGGUGUGAUUGUGAGGACUAUUGUUCCUGGAGGAUUAGCAGAUCGGGAUGGAAGACUACAGACAGGGGACCACAUCUUGAAGAUCGGAGGCACAGAUGUGCAGGGAAUGAGCAGUGAGCAAGUGGCCCAGGUGCUACGGAACUGUGGGAAUUCAGUCAGGAUGCUUGUGGCUAGAAACCCAGCCGGUCAAAUUUUGGUAACACCUCCUACACCUACAGCCUUACCUGUUGCCCAGCCUGCUGCAGCCAACAGAAGCCUGGUCUCUGACAAUUCUGCUCUUUUUGAAACUUACAAUGUUGAACUCAUUAAAAAAGAUGGACAGAGUCUUGGAAUUCGAAUUGUUGGCUAUGUUGGAACAUCUCAUACAGGGGAAGCUUCAGGGAUUUAUGUGAAAAGUAUCAUACCGGGCAGUGCUGCAUAUUACAAUGGCCAGAUCCAAGUGAAUGACAAAAUAGUUGCUGUGGAUGGUGUGAAUAUUCAAGGAUUCGCCAAUCAGGAUGUGGUGGAAGUAUUACGGAAUGCAGGGCAGGUGGUACACCUGACCCUCCUGCGCAGGAAACCAUCUCCAUCUGCGUCUCCCUCUGGAUGGCCUUCUAACACAGGCACUAUGAUGGAGCCAUCCAAAACACCAGUCCUCUGUCUACCUGAUGCUGUGGACACAGAAACGAAUCUGGAUGAAGAUGAGGACACUGGAGAAAACGUGUAUAAUCCUAAAAAGGACAACAUACAAGCCUUAGACAAACAGGAAAGAGUCCCAUGCCCUCUAGAAAAUGAGCUAAAAUCCAGAUGGGAGAACCUACUGGGCCCUGAUUAUGAAGUAAUGGUUGCCACUUUGGACACACAGAUCGCUGAUGAUGCCGAGUUACAGAAGUAUUCAAAGCUCCUGCCCAUCCACACUCUGAGGCUUGGUAUGGAGGUGGAUUCCUUUGAUGGGCACCAUUACAUCUCUUCAAUUGCUCCAGGUGGUCCUGUGGAUACACUAAAUCUCCUACAGCCGGAGGAUGAGCUUCUGGAGGUUAAUGGCAUGCAGCUUUAUGGAAAGUCUCGCCGAGAAGCCGUCUCUUUUCUUAAAGAAGUGCCACCCCCUUUCACUCUGGUUUGCUGUCGCCGGCUCUUUGAUGAUGAGGCCUCUGUGGAUGAACCAAGGACUGUGGAGCCCUCGUUUCCCCAGAUGGAGGCUGACCCAAUCACAAAUGUCAAUGCUGAAGAAGAUGAUGAUGGAGAAUUAGCCCUCUGGUCUCCCGAAGUCAAGAUUGUUGAGCUAGUGAAAGAUCAUAAAGGCUUGGGGUUCAGCAUUUUGGAUUAUCAGGAUCCUCUAGACCCCACCAGAUCCGUGAUCGUAAUCCGCUCCCUGGUAGCAGAUGGCGUAGCGGAAAGAAGUGGAGAACUCUUACCUGGUGACCGCCUCGUCUCCGUCAACCAGUUCUGUUUAGACAACACCACGCUUGCUGAUGCGGUGGAAGUAUUGAAGGCCGUGCCCCCUGGCACUGUGUACCUUGGCAUCUGCAAGCCUUUGGCGGAAGAUGAGAAAGAAGAACAUUGUUACAUUUUACAUCCAAACAAUAAUGAAGAAGAGGCUGAACUUUCAGGAGGAAUUCAUGAUAUAAAUUCAUCUUUAAUACUUGAAGCACCUAAGGGUUUUAGAGAUGAGCCAUAUUUUAAAGAAGAACUUGUGGACGAACCAUUUCUAGAUUUGGGCAAGACGUUCCAGUCUCCACACACAGACAUAGAAGGCAGCCAGGAGGCCUGGGAAAUGUGCGAGUUCCUGAGUGCUCCCGUGGAGGAGAUGGGCGAGGAGAGGGAGAUGCUGGUGGAUGAGGACUGUGACCUCUACCAGGGCCGCUUGCAGUCUGUGGAUGUGUAUUCCUCACCCCACAGUCGAGAUGCCACGCCUGUGCCUGCCAGGCAGGACCUCCAGUUUGGCACUCCAUGGUUACAUGACAGCCUAUCAGGGGAUGAGGUGCCCAGGUCUCCAGAUGCAGGAUCCAUGACUGCGGGCUAUUCCCCGGAGGCACAGCCGUAUGGGUACGGCACUGGAGAUGGGCUGGAUGCAAUGUUUGCCUUUGAUUCUGUCCCGUCCAUGCCCUCUGCUGAAGGAAACACUCGAUUUGAUGAUCUGGAAAAUCUUAAUUCAUUAUCUCAGUGCAGCCUGGAUUUAGGAAUGGUGAUUCCAAGUGACAUCCAAGGUACCAGUGUGUGCAGUGACCUUCCCAUUUUGGCUCAGAGAAGGGAGCAGGAUUUGCCUUUAUAUCAACUCCCCAAGAACCGGAUGCUUCCAAAGGCCUCAGCACCCACAGGAAUGUCGCCUUCCAGAUAUACUACCCGUGCCUGUGACUUACCUGAGAGAGAAGAAGGAGAAGGAGAAGAAACACCAAACUUCAGCCACUGGGGUCCACCAAGAAUUGUUGAAAUUUUUAGAGAACCGGAUGUGUCUCUCGGCAUCAGUAUUGUGGGGGGACAAACAGUCAUAAAACGCCUGAAGAAUGGAGAGGAGCUUAAAGGUAUAUUUAUCAAGCAAGUUUUAGAAGACAGUCCAGCAGGAAAAACCAAUGCACUGAAAACUGGAGAUAAAAUACUUGAGGUGUCUGGCGUGGAUCUACAGAACGCCUCCCACGCAGAGGCAGUGGAGGCCAUUAAGAGUGCCGGAAACCCUGUGGUGUUCGUGGUUCAGAGCCUGUCAGCCACCCCAAGGAUCAUUCCUAAUGUGCAUACCAAGACCAGCACAGCUGUCAAUAACCAGGACCAAGACACUCAAGAAAGAAAAGAAAAGAGCCAAGGAACAGCCCCCCCUCCCAUGAAACUGCCGCCUCCUUACCGAGCUCCGUCCUCGGACAGUGAUGUGAGUGAGGAAGACUCUGCGGUGACCGACAAAAAAAUCAGGCAGAGAUAUGCAGACCUGCCAGGAGAAUUGCACAUUAUUGAGCUUGAGAAGGAUAAGAAUGGACUGGGCCUCAGCCUCGCUGGUAAUAAAGACCGAUCUCGCAUGAGCAUCUUUGUGGUAGGAAUUAAUCCGGAAGGACCUGCAGCAACUGAUGGACGGAUGCGUAUUGGAGAUGAGCUCUUAGAGAUAAACAAUCAGAUCUUAUAUGGGAGAAGUCACCAGAAUGCCUCUGCCAUUAUUAAGACUGCCCCAUCCAAGGUCAAGUUGGUUUUCAUCAGAAAUGAAGAUGCUGUCAAUCAGAUGGCCGUUGCCCCCUUCCCGUUGGCUUCCAGCUCCCCCUCCUCUGUUGAGGAGCAGAGUGGCCCUGAGCCUGUCAGUAGUGAGGAAGAUGGUGGUCUGGAAGUUGGUAUCCAACCAGUGCCUGGAAGUGAGAGCUCCCCACUGGAGGACCUGUCCCAGGAGGCUGGUGAAGGAGGCAUUACAGAUCAGGAGGACCCACCAGAACAUUCUACUAACCAUGCUGCCAGCCAGGUGAAACAGCAAAAGCAUUUAACCCAUGCCUCCGUCAGUUCACAAGAGAUCUCAUUAGCACCAACUCUACCCAACGACUCAACAGAUGCCAACUGGGCAGGUAGCUUCCAGGCUCCUCUGUCGGUAGACCCUGCCACAUGCCCCAUUGUCCCCGGCCAGGAGAUGAUUAUAGAAAUAUCCAAAGGACGUUCGGGGCUUGGUCUCAGCAUAGUAGGAGGAAAGGACACACCCUUGGAUGCUAUAGUUAUCCAUGAAGUCUAUGAAGAAGGAGCCGCAGCCAGAGAUGGAAGGCUUUGGGCUGGAGACCAGAUAUUAGAGGUGAAUGGAGUUGACCUGCGGAGCUCCAGCCACGAGGAGGCCAUCACCGCCCUGAGGCAGACUCCGCAGAAGGUACGCCUGGUGGUUUACAGGGACGAGGCCCACUACCGGGACGAGGAGAACUUGGAUAUUUUCCAUGUAGAUCUGCAGAAGAAGGCCGGCCGAGGACUGGGCCUGAGCAUCGUUGGGAAACGGAAUGGAAGUGGGGUGUUUAUUUCUGACAUUGUGAAAGGCGGGGCCGCAGACCUGGAUGGGAGGCUGAUUCGAGGAGAUCAGAUCCUGUCUGUGAAUGGGGAGAACAUGAGAAAUGCCUCACAGGAGAUGGUGGCCACUGUCCUCAAGUGUGCCCAGGGGCUUGUGCAGCUGGAGAUUGGGAGACUCCGAGCGGGUUCCUGGACCUCCUCAAGGAAGACGUCGCAAAACAGUCAGGGAGAUCCACACAGCACUUGUCGGCCUUCCUUAGCUCCUGUCAUUGCUGGCCUACAAAACCUGGUGGGCACAAAAAGAGCUUCAGAUUCAUCCCAGAAAACUCCAGGCACAAACAUGGGCCCAAGGACUGUUGAGAUCAUGAGAGAGCUCAGCGAUGCCCUUGGAAUCAGUAUUGCUGGAGGAAAAGGAAGUCCUUUAGGAGAUAUCCCUAUAUUCAUUGCCAUGAUUCAGGCCAAUGGAGUAGCUGCACGUAGCCAGAGGCUUAAAGUUGGAGAUCGGAUUAUCAGCAUUAACGGGCAACCUUUGGAUGGACUGUCUCAUGCCGAUGUGGUUAAUCUGUUGAAGAAUGCCUACGGGCGCAUUAUCCUACAGGUUGUAGCAGAUACCAACAUAAGUGCUAUAGCGACUCAGCUUGAAAACAUGUCUGCAGGCUACCACCUCGGUUCUCCCAGUGCUGACCACCCUCCGGAAGACACAGAAACACCUCCACCUAAGAUGAUUACUUUGGAGAAAGGCUCUGAAGGAUUGGGGUUUAGUAUUGUAGGGGGUUAUGGAAGUCCCCAUGGAGACCUGCCCAUUUAUGUCAAGACUAUAUUUGCCAAGGGAGCAGCAGCAGAUGAUGGCCGGUUAAAGCGGGGGUGAUCAGAUUUUAGCUGUUAAUGGGGAGACCCUGGAAGGUGUUACGCAUGAGCAAGCUGUCUCCAUUCUAAAACACCAGAAAGGGACUGUCACCUUAACUGUGCUGUCCUAAGUACAGGUCCUCAUCAUGGCAUGAGGUAGAUGCCAUGGGCAGAAUACCCCUAAGAAGAUGGAAUGCCACCCCAAUUCAAAUUCACCAUGCUCCCCCUCCCAUCCUCUCAGCUCAGGGGAGGUGGUCAAGGUUGCCCGUGAAUUUCCCAAGUCAACAACCAUCCACCUGGUUUCCCAACUUUCGGCACUUCUUGAUGAGAUCCACUCCCAAGUCUUAAGUGAGUCUUACCUGAUUUGCACUUCUUACCCAUGAUCGCCAUAACGUUCAUAACUGGAACUGCAUUUGCUGGAACCGGAGUUAACACCUCUUGUUCCUUCCACCCCAACCUGUGUUCACAGAGAGCCUGAAUGGCAAGCUCCCGUGUCAUCUGAUAAGUGGAAACAAAUGUUGAGUAACGAGUCAUCUCACCUGUGAUUUUGUUUAUGCUAACUGUCUCCUCAAGUAAACCAGAAAGCACUGAGAGUGCUGCUAUAGUAAGUUACCCAUAUGCUUUGAGGGGAAGGUUACUCUCUUCUGUGUGACAUCUAGUGAAAUAAGGCUCAAGCUCAUUUCUCUGGAGAGACCUUCAUACCUUAAUGAUUUUGAUGAGUCAGUUUGCAGACUGUCAUUCUCCAAAACUUUCUGAAAGGCUCUAAUUGUUUAUUGAGCUACAGAAUCUCAUACCACCAAGAAAAUGUCCCCUCUUUUCUGCUGGAACAAUGGGCAUCCAUGUUCUGAAUCCUAACCAUGCUAGUUUAUAUCACAUCUGGGAGUUCAUGCUGAGUUAAUGACAUCUGAUGUGCCCAUGUCUGUCCCACCUCUCAAGUCUUCAGACAAGGAGCUGCAAGUACUGACUCACACCUGCGGCCAUCAGCCAGAUGAGCCCUGGCUUUGUGCAAAGGAUGGUAACAUGCUUGAGUGCCCCUUACUUUUGUAUCCCUUGGGCAGCAGCAUAGACCACAGGAACUACAGAGAAUGACUUACUUAGCUGGAAUGUAAUGGAGCCUAAGAACCACCAAUGAACAUGCUUGGUUUGUAUUUCCCAGUCUUCAGGGAGCUUCCCAUUGGCUGAAGUUUUAUGCAUGCUAAAAAAAAAAAAAAAGCAACUAGAGCAGCAACAAAAUACCUUGUUGGUGAUGGGUAUUGGCAGGAAACAUGGGCAGAUGCUUGUCAAUGAACGCUGCUAUAGUGUCUUCUACUAAAAGGAUAAGUACGUGGGUCACUAAUCAGCAGAAUUCAUCAUUACUGAACACCAACACAAUGCUGCAAAUUGUUCAGAAAAAUUACCAACACUGAAUGAGCUCUAAUUUAAAAUGUUCUUUAAUAAAAAUGGGUUUUAAUUGAGGAUUGUCUCUGAGUAGAUGUAAUCACAAAAGUGCAUUAACUCUUGUUGGCUUAAAUUAAAUCUUGUGGCUAUUACAAAGUCUAGGGUGCCUAAAUUUUAUGUGGAAAAUGUGUGCCAUGACAAGUAUUGAGGUUUUUUUUGAGAUUACACACAGGUUUGGUUUUGUUUUAAAUUUCUAAUGCAUCCAAGUCUGUGGUCUCGCCAGGGUCUCAUCCACCUCAGAAUGUUCUGUGUUCAUUGUAUGCAAGAACACCUCAGGCAACAAAGAUGAAAGGAAGCCCAAAUGAAACUUGAAAAAUGCACCUUAAAACAUGUAUAUGUGUACUACUUUUAACUUGUGAUUCUGCUAAAUUUUGAUGGGAUGGCCAUUAAAAAAUACAGUUUGAAAUAACA